GGAAUGUAGGUGAUACAAGAGGUAAAACCUGGCAACCCAGAUCAAAUUAGUUCAGCUAGAUAACGGCUGUAUACCAGCUAAGCUCCGUGUUCGUUUGCACAAUCAACAAAACAGCCGUGUUACAUAAACAGCUUCAGGAUUAUGUCGGGAAGUGACAAUGACUCUGUUGACUUGACCAGAACAGGCUCCCCAGUUCAUCACAGAAAAAAACACAGCAUGGAGUCCUCCAGAUCUCCCAGAAGCUCCAAACACCACCAUUCACGGUCAAGGUCACGCUCCAGGGAACGAAAACGCGACAGAAAAUACAGACGGAGUCGCACCAGGAGUAAAGAGGCUCGAAAGAGGGACUCUGAGAAGCCAUCAAAAUCACACAGAAAAACAGAGGAGCAGCAAGAGCCAGAGAGACUUUCAGCAGAGAGUGGAGAGGAGAGAUCCAGACGCAAAGACAGGAGGCCCUCCAAGGGCCGGAGCAUGUCCAGGUCACACUCACGAGAAAGGCGACCUCACAGUAAAAGUAAGGACAAACGACGAUCACGUAGCCGGGACAAGAAGAAGAAGGCCAGGUCUCGCUCGGGUUCAAGGACCAAACACCGUCAUCAUAGCAGAAGUCGCAGUAAGAGCAGGGAGCGAAAGAAAAAGAGUGAAAAAGUGCGCAGAAAGAGUCGAAGCAGGUCUGUUAAUCCACCUGCCUUCCGGGGCCGAAACGCAGCUAUGGAUGCACAAGAGGCCCUGGCCAGAAGGCUGGAGAGAGCCAAGAAACUACAGGAGCAGAAGGAGAAGGAAAUGUUGGAGCAGCAACAGCAGGAGAUAGCUGCAGUGGCUGCCCCUAUCACAUCAGCAGCUGCUGCAGCGGUCCCCUCAAACCCUGCCCUCAAUGUGGCGGCCCUCCUGGCCUCUGGGACCCAGGUCACGCCCCAGAUAGCCAUGGCAGCGCAGAUGGCAGCCCUUCAAGCAAAAACACUGGCAGAGACUGGAAUUGCUGUGCCCAGCUACUACAACCCAUCUGCUGUAAACCCCAUGAAGUUUGCAGAGCAGGAGAAAAAGAGGAAGAUGCUAUGGCAGGGAAAGAAGGAGGGGGACAAGUCCCAGACAGCUGAGCUGUGGGAAAAGCUCAACUUUGGAAACAAGAACCAAAAUGUUAAAUUCCGUAAACUAAUGGGUAUUAAAGAUGAGGAAGAAGUCGAAGCCGCCAAACCGCUCAACGAGGAUGGCUUGAAGACUCUUCAAAAGCAGGAGGAGAUGUUCAGAAACCUUGACGUUCAGUAUGAGAUGGCUCGGUCUCAGACACACACCCAGAGGGGAAUGGGCCUCGGCUUCUCCUCCUCAUUCUCACGUGGAAUGGAUUCUAUCUAGUGCCAGACAUUGGCAGUCUUUGCCACUCAUGUGAUCAUAUAGGACCACCAAUUCAUCGCUAGCCCUCAAGCUUGCAUGGAUGUUGCUCUGAAUCUGUAAUUUAUUUAUAGACAAACAUCUCGCAUAUUGGAACAUUAUAAUGUAAAUAGCCAGAUGCUGAGUUUGUCUGUGUUUAUUAAUCUGUACUGUAAUCUUUGCAAAAGGAUGCAUCAGUUUGACUAGUUGAUACUGGUUAAAGUUAAAUAUGUUAUUUGUUUGAAUAAUGUGGUAGUUUUUUUUUUUUUUUUUUUUACUCAAAUAUUUGUGAUUGUUUGGACAUUAACUGAAUAUAAUGUGGUUCAAGUAAACAUUGUUUACAUCCAUUUAGCGAAAAGGCAUCUGAAGUCAAUGUAGCAUUACCAGAAUCCCACAUUAAUUUCUCCUGAUUGGGAAAAACAAAACAGUGGGUUGUAAUGCAUAUUGUCUUCAGGAUUGUGCCCGAAAGGAGAAAUCACAUAUUUCAUAUGUUCAGAAAUAAAUUAGUUUUGUGUUGAAUAUGUUU